CCACCAAUCAGAUACUGAUGGCCUAUGCUGUGGAUAGGUCAUGCUCGGAAAACCCCUUUAAGAGGGUUGUGGGCAGAGACCUGCGAACACACAAAAAAAUGAUAGCUUACUUAUGGUGGAGUAUAAAUGAGAGGAGAUAAAACUUUAGUAACUCUACUGGAAACCAUAUGUUUUCAGAGACAUGUCUGCUCUAUCAUUUCUCAAAGCUCCCAGAGGCUCAGCUGUCCCCGAGAACAGGUGGAGAGCAAUAAUAGCGCCCUAGCUUCAUUCCAAUCCAUGGCACCGGAAGCGGCAGUGUCCUCCACACCAGACGAGGUUUAGCAGUCUAAAGUUUCAUCAUUCCCGGCAUCAAACCAAAGUGUAAGAGAGCUGGAAGGAAAGGAAGGAAAUGGAUAUUACUAUCACAUGCCUAAUUCUCUUCAUAUCAUCAGCUGGAGCCGUUCCCUCCUAUGAACAUGAAACUCGUCUGAUUAAAGACCUCUUUGAUAACUACAGCAACGUUGUGCGUCCAGUAGAGGCAUUUGCUGAUAAAGUUGUGGUCACGGUCGGAUUGCAGCUCAUCCAGCUUAUUAAUGUGGAUGAAGUCAAUCAAAUUGUAGCAACCAAUGUGCGUCUCAAACAGCAAUGGGUGGAUGUGAAUUUAAAAUGGAACCCAGAGAAUUAUGGCGGGAUACAGAAAAUCCGAGUUCCUUCCAGUGAUAUCUGGCGUCCCGAUAUUGUUCUUUAUAACAAUGCAGAUGGGGACUUUACAAUUGUAAAGAAUACGAAGAUCUUACUCGAUUACACAGGAAAAAUCAUAUGGACACCUCCGGCCAUUUUUAAAAGUUACUGUGAAAUUAUAGUCACCUACUUUCCAUUCGACCAGCAGAACUGCAGCAUGAAACUUGGAACUUGGACCUAUGAUGGCUUGUUAGUAGUUAUAAACCCGGAAAGUGAUCGUCCAGAUCUCAGUAACUUCAUGGAGAGCGGAGAGUGGAUGAUGAAGGAUUACCGCUGCUGGAAACACUGGGUCACAUACACAUGCUGUCUUAACGUACCAUACUUGGAUGUCACCUACCACUUCGUCCUACAACGUCUUCCUCUUUACUUCAUUGUGAAUGUCAUCAUUCCCUGUCUGCUUUUCUCCUUUUUAACUGGUUUAGUUUUCUAUCUGCCGACUGAUUCAGGGGAGAAAAUGACUCUAAGCAUCUCUGUUCUUGUGUCCCUGACUGUGUUUCUUCUGGUUAUUGUUGAACUGAUCCCGUCAACUUCUAGUGCAGUGCCGCUAAUAGGAAAAUACAUGUUAUUUACUAUGGUGCUCGUCAUAGCAUCAAUUAUUAUUACUGUAAUCGUAAUUAACACUCAUCAUCGCUCCCCGAGUACUCACACAAUGCCACUUUGGGUGAGGAAGAUCUUCAUUGACACAGUCCCGAACAUUAUGUUUUUCUCUACAAUGAAACGUCCUUCACAAGAUAAACAAGGGCAGAAGAUCUUUGCAGAAGACAUUGACAUUUCUGAAAUCUCUGGGAAACUGGGCCCUGCUGCAGUGGUUUACCAGUCUCCGAUCCUAAAGAACCCUGACGUGAAGAGCGCGAUCGAAGGGAUUAAAUAUAUCGCAGAGACCAUGAAGUCAGACCAGGAGUCUAAAAAGGCUUCAGAAGAAUGGAAGUUUGUUGCGAUGGUGCUGGAUCACAUUCUGCUUGCAUUGUUCAUGAUUGUCUGUGUCAUCGGAACAUCGGCUGUCUUUGCAGGCCGCCUGAUCGAACUUAAUUCACAAGGUUGAAUGCGACUGGAAUUUUGGCACAUUAUUGCACAGCGCAAAAAUUGGGAAUGAAGCUGAGAUGAAAGCAGACUGUAUAUUUAACUGAUGAUGCUGAAGUGACAGAUACUAAUGAUGAUGAUGAUGAUGAUGAUGCAGACAAUGGUCUACUGUUUCACACCGAUAAUAAUCACUGAUGUAAGAUAUUGUAAGAUAACUGCUUGCUUUUUGGAUGAUGGGCUACUCCCAGUAGCUAACACAUGAAACUUUAUUUGUGGCAUUAUGAGGUUGCUUAAGUAUAGCUUGUGUUUGUAGACAUCAGCAUAGAGUUUGGAAGAUUAUUUGUCACCAGACAAGGCCUUGUAGGGCUAGCUGAGCUACAUGUAAUGAUACCUUUCACCUACUGACCCAUUGAAUC